UACAUCAUUCACAUUCUGACUGUUCAAAAAGGAAAGUUGAUAAAGUCUCUCUCUCUCUCUAUCUCAUCUCUCUGACUUACUGCAUCUUCAACGAGCGAAGCAAAACAUGAACCAAAUCCAGUGAAAGAGCUGUUCCUUCUUCUCGGGUUUGAUUAAUGCUCAAUAACAAGAAAGGAAAAGGAAAGCCAUAAAUAUCGUACAUUAAAGCAAGGCCAUUACGGUACAGCGAAGAUGGUUGGCCCCAAAUCGCGGAGCUCUGAAAGCGUUCCUUGCGAUUUCUGUACCCAACAAACAGCUGUUCUGUAUUGCAGAGCUGACUCCGCCAAGCUCUGUUUGUUCUGCGAUCAGCAGGUUCAUUCCGCUAACUUGCUCUCUCGCAAGCACUUGCGCUCUCAGAUCUGCGAUAAUUGCACCUCUGAGCUCGCCUCCGUACGAUGCAACACCGACAACCUUGUUCUCUGCCAAGACUGCGAUUGGGACGCUCAUGCCUCCUGCUCCGUCGCCGCCUCUCACCAUCGUACCUCUGUUGAGGGUUUCACUGGUUGUCCAUCUGCAUCUGAACUCGCUUCGCUAUGGGGGUUUCAUUUUGAGACCAAGGCUAGAGAUCAAUCUCCUUCUUCUUUGAUUCAAGACUGGGGUGAUUAUCGGGAUUUGUUUGUGCCCCUCGAAUCCUGCCUGUUUAAAUCUGAUGGCGUCCCUCUUCAAGUUCAUGACCUCAUGGUUCCCAGAGAAACCGGUAUGCUUUACCCGUCACAGGAUUUCCAGGCGCUCUGUAACGCUCCCAAGAAACAAACUCCCUUGUGUGGGAAGCAGAAGCAGGUUAUACACAAGCAGUUGGUGGAAUUGCUCAAGAGGGAUUCGGUGGUUGUUGAUGCUGGUGGCGGUGGCGGUGAUGUUGACGGUGACGGUGGUGCUAUUCCAGCUCGGAUAAGUGCUGCUAAUGAGGCUGAGAAUUUGGUUCCUGAAGCGCCGAGAAAGUGCCAGGGGAAUGGGCAACCAUUUGUUUUGGGAAAGGAGGUUCAAGAAUUCCCAGCACUUGCUGCUUCUCAGCAACCAUUGCAGCAACAGGCGCCAGUUACGUCUCCGUUUAUGAUGCCUUCGCAGUUGCAUCAUCAUAAUGGAGGCGAUCGAUCAUGGAACAAUAAUCCCAGCAAGCACUCUAUUCAGAUAUGGGAUUUCCAUUCUGGACGACUUAGGGAUCAGGAAGAAUCAAGUGCACUUGAAGCUGCCUAUGUUGCAAGUGAUGGUGGAUUUGUGGCUAAGAAUUUUAGUGAACUUAUCAGAGAAUCAUCCAUGACUGACACAAAAUUGUUGCAAGAUAUAUAUAAUAUGAAUAUUGCUUACAAUGACAUGGCAUCAUAUAAUAACAUGUCAAAUAACCCAACAACGGCAAGUCAGGGGCCUGCAGCAACAUCAGAGAGCAACAACAUACCAAAAAGAAAGCAAUCUGGGAAUCCAGCUGCUCCUGGAAAGCACAAAGGUGACUAUAGUGUCAAGGAGACACAGAUUGGGGAACAUCCUUUGCUUGUUACAGGUGACAACAUGGGAAAUGCAGGAAGAAGCAAGGCUGACAUGGACCUGUUAGCCCAAAACAGAGGCACUGCAAUGCUCCGUUACAAGGAGAAAAAGAAAACUCGAAGGUACGAGAAGCACAUACGAUAUGAGUCUAGGAAGAUGAGAGCUGACACACGGAAGCGAGUCAAAGGCCGAUUUGUGAAGGCUAGUGACGUCGAUGCUCCUAUUACUUAGCAUUUUAUGUGGCCUCCUCAGUUUCAGCUUGUAAAUAAGUGUUCUGCUUCAUAGAAAUAGAUGUUUUGAUGCUUUGCUUUGGUAGUCAGAGAUGUAAACAUUAACAGAGAGAUCUAGUUAUUUUGUUUGCGCAUUGUCAAAUGAAAUUGUGAGUUAGGUUCUAAUUUGACGUUGGAUAUACUUUUUUUUUUU